UUCACUUUUUUUGGGGGGGCGCCUUUUCUCUCUUUUGGUUCCCGCUGAGUGGUUUCUUCAUUCCAGACGAGGGUUUCGCAUGAAGCCCUUCUCAGACGACACACUCCCGCUCACUUUCUCUCUCUAGAACAUGCACACAAUGGAGUGCCUUUUCUCUCUCUAUAUCUACCUCUACCUCUAGUUGCUCUGCAAGCACACAAGGGUUAUCAUCAAUUAUCUUUUUGAGGACUUCUUUUCACCCACAAAUUGACAUAAGGUUUUGGGUGUUUUGUAAGCAGUGAAGACGUUGUCAGACGGCAUCAGUUGAACAAAAAUAAGUUAAAGAUAGUCGAGGAGGUCCUAUGAUAUGGAACUAGUUAGAUGGGUAGUGGAGCAUAGUGGGUUUAUACUUUUUUUGCCCGGUUUUGCCAGAGCCAUUUAAAUAUUGUAGCAGGUCCACUUCAGGAGAAAAGAAAGGUUAUCUCUAUUUUCAUUUUAGUUAUCAAGAAAGAGGUGUCUUCAUAUGUCUGGUGUGCUGUAUGAGGGAGGUUCUAAUGGUUAGUGGUUGAAUUGGAAGAGAGAGGAUGGAGUGCAAUAAGGAAGAGGCCCUUAGGGCCAAGGGAAUUGCUGAGAAAAAGAUGGAGAAAAAGGAUUUUGUGGGUGCCAAGAAGAUAAUUCUCAAGGCACAGCAGCUCUGCUCUGACCUUGAGAAUCUCCCUCAGAUGCUAAGCGUCUGUGAAGUCCAUUGCUCUGCUGAAGUAAAGGUAGGGGGUUCUGAGAUUGACUGGUAUGGUAUUCUCCAAGUUGAGCACACAGCUGAUGAUAACCUCAUUAAGAAACAGUAUCGAAAGCUCGCUCUUCUUCUUCACCCUGAUAAGAACAAGUUUUCGGGAGCUGAAUCAGCUUUUAAGCUGAUAGGUGAGGCCAUGAGGGUGCUCUCUGACAGGGGGAAGCGAUCCCUACACGAUAUGAAGAUAAGAGCUUAUAUGUCAAACCCUAAACCUGCCCCUCGCAGGCAGCCUCAGGCUCCUGCUAGGGCAUCUAAUGCAAGGAAACAAAGUGGUGUACAGAACAAUUUUGUACCGAAUCACACUGGACCACAGUUCUCAGGUUUAACCAGGCCGCCCCAGCCUAAUGCUCCAGCUAACGUUACAGGUACCUUCUGGACUCUGUGCCCCCAUUGUAGGGUGAGGUACCAAUAUUACUCGAAUAUCAUGAAUAGGCCCAUCCGUUGCCAAAGUUGCUUUAAGACUUUUAUUGCUUAUAACAUAGGCAUGCAAGGUGGCGCACCGGCAGCUAACCUAGGGCAUGCUUGGAACCAGGCCUCGGUUCCUUCUAAUGAGAGACCCCAGCCCUUUGUUCCAUCUGGGGUGUUCUCUGCUAAAGGGAUGGCGGGUCAAGCAGGUGCUCCCCCCGAAAAUAUCGCCCCAUUUGGUACCUCUAGUUUUUUUCAGGGAACAACAUCUGGGUCGAUGAAACAAGCAGAAGCGGGGAGUGCAUCAGGGAAAGAACCAGAAGUAGGGCCUAAGCAAGAAGAAGUGAGUAAGCAAGCUCAACAUGAAAAACCCAAUGCUGCAACUGCUAAGAGCAGAAGAAGGUCAAGGUUGGUUGUUGAAUCUAGUGAAAGUGACGCUGACAGUACCGACUCUGAAGAGGUUGCGGAGGGUUUGCCAGCCGAUGGUUUUGUGGGGGUGAAUGGGCAGAAUCCGAGAAGGUCUUCUAGGAAUAGGCAGCAUGUAAGUUACAAUGAAGAUGAGAGUGAUGAUGAUUUUAUGAAACACUCACAUUCCAAAAAGGCAAGGGUAGAUGCUAAAUCUAGUGGAGAUAUGGAUGGCCAGAGCAAUGCGAAGUUUUCUUCAAAGAAGAAGGAAACCGAGGAACCUGCAAGGACCUCUACCCCUUCGGAAGCUAAGAGAGAUGCAAAGAAGAAUGGUAGUGUAGUUAAAGAAGAAAUUGAACAGAAUGGAAAGGAAGAAAUGGAGGCUAGUGAUGAAGUGGAGGAAAAUUCAAAAGAUAGGAGCAAUUGUAGUGAGCCUUCUGAUGGGGUGGAUAAUGAGAGUGAUGGGCAAGUGGCCCCUGAGACCCUUGAAUACCAGGAACCGGAAUUCCAUGACUUUGAUGAAGAAAGGAAGGAGGAGCACUUCAAACCUGAGCAGGUCUGGGCUAUUUAUGAUAACCAUGAUGGAAUGCCUCGUUAUUAUGCUCGGAUAAUCAAAGUUUUCUCUUUGCCGUUCAAGCUGCGUAUUUUGUGGUUCGAGCCUUCACCUACUCGCAAUGAGGAGAUUGAGUGGGCGGAGGAGGAAUUGCCUGUUGCUUGUGGGGGCUUUAAGUCUGGGGCAUAUGAUUUCUCUGAAGACCGCCUCAUGUUUUCUCACCUGGUCUCAUUCAGGAAAGUCUCUCGGUCAUUGAGGAUAUACCCUUUGAAAGGAGAUGUUUGGGCCCUGUUCAAGGACUGGGACAUUAAUUGGAAAUCAGAUCCAGAUAAGCAUAAGAAACACAAAUAUGAGGUAGUGGAGGUGACAAGUGAUUUUGUGGAGAGUACAGGUGCAACAGUGGUUUAUCUGGUUCAAGUUAAUGGCUUCCGAACCUUGUUCCAUAGGUUGGCUAAGAAGGGUAAGGAAGUCACUUUUCAAAUAACAAGGGAUCAGAUGUUUAGAUUCUCACAUCAGGUGCCAGCGUAUCGUAUGAGAGGGGAUGAGAGGGAUGGUAUACCACAGGGAUCUAUGGAGCUUGACCCUGCUUCUCUACCUUCGGAUGUAAAGGAUCUGGUCUUGCCUGAAACUCCAGUAAAGAAGGUGGGUAGUAACCAUACAGGUUCCUCUCCAAGAAAUGCCUCAGGAAAAGAAAAAAUGGUGGGAGGACCUGAGAGCCCCUUGACCCCAAGGAGAAGUGCUAGAUUUGGCCCUUCUCCAAGUGUUAUAAUUCAAGAUACCCCAGACGUGGAAAGCAAGGAACAAGUUUGGAAUGGGAUAAAUGGGACCUCAAACAAGAAGCCCAUGGAGACGAUUCCUAGUAAAUGCACAGUGAAAGAUGAAUCCAAGGAUGAUGGUGUCUCUCUUUUUCGUAGACCGUCCACAUCUGUGCCCCCCGAUGCCGAUGUCAUGGAAUAUCCAGAUCCAGAGUUCCAUGACUUUGAUAGCCGUAAAACACCAGAGUUUCUCAAGCCCGAACAGAUUUGGGCCUUAUAUGAUGAAAGGGAUGGCCUGCCUCGGUUCUAUGCCCGAAUAAAUAAAGUAAAGCAUGCUGACGAACUCAGAGUGAAGGUGACUUGGCUUGAGCCUUUCCCAUCUAACGACAAGGAGGCACGAUGGUUGAAUCACAAAUUGCCUAUCGUUUGUGGAAAAUUUAGGAUGGGUAAAACUGACACUCUAAGUGGGAUGUCUCCAUUCUCACAUCAGGUAAUAUUCAAGCCAACUGGCGAUAGGUCGUCAUAUCAAAUAUACCCCCAAAAAGGAGAGCUUUGGGCGUUAUAUAAGAAUUGGAGCAUUGGUUGGACACAAUUAGAGUAUAAGCAUUAUGAGUGUGAGGCAGUUGAGCUGCUAAAUGAUUUCUCUGCUGAGUUGGGUGCCAAGGUCAUGUUCUUGGAUAAGGUGUCAGGGUUCCGUACUGUGUAUAAGCCUCGGAAGAAUGGUGCAGUGGAGGCAGUUUUGCCAUUGCCACGAGAGGCAUUGUUGAGAUUCUCUCACCAAAUCCCGGCUUUUAGGCUUAGUUUUGAAAAACAUGGCACGGCAAAAGGCUCUUGGGAGCUUGAUCCUGCCGCAUUAAAGCCGGAGGAUUUUUGUGAACGAUCCACCAAAAGACGUGGGGAUGUGAAGCACCGCUCUUGCCGUACCAAAUUGACUGGAGGGUCUAAUGGGGCGAAGGAAAGUUAGAAGCUCAUUCCUGUCUGCAAGUUUCAUGCAGUUUUUCCUGUAAAACAAACUUCAACCCAUCAGAUUGAUAACUUUCUUGUAUUUUCCCUUUUUUGAUCCGCAAAUCCUUAUACAUUAGAAAUGACUUGUUUUCAGUUAACCCCCCUUUUGCUCUUCUCAUUGUUAUGAAUUAUGAAAAGUUCUGAUUUUGUUCAUGGUCCAUCCGUUGUCCUUUUGGA